UAAUUAACUCAUUAAGUUGUACAGUUUAAAGCUGAUUGUGAUGUUUAAGAAAUUACUUCGAAUAUUUUAAAAGGAAUCGCUUUCAUGACUCUGUAAUUGAUCGUCAAAACGAAAAAUAAAAUGAUUACCUUUGUGUUGUAUAUUAUUCAAUUUAUUCUCGUUGGUUAUAUGCAACAAGACGUCCGUGCUCUCAAAUCUGAUGCCGUCCAGAACUCACCCAAAAGAGAAAAUCCAAACUUCAUACGAGAUCGGAAAAGAGAGUUUUCGAAGCCUGAAAUGCCGCCAUCUUGGGGUAGCCGCUACCGACAGCUGUACAACCCAGCGUGGAUGGAUUACUGCGAUGUUUAUCAUUGCAAUGAUUACCACAAACAAGCCUGUGGGUUGAACAGGAGAAAUAUGAAGUUCAAAUGGUUUCAAAGCAUCUGUCAUUUGAUUUUAAACAACCAAUGCUCCAACUUUCGUGGGACAUUGAAAUACGAUACAGUAGAAACCAAGUUCUGCCACAUGUACGUGAUGUUCUUGCGAGAGGGAUGCCCCCACUUGGAUGACUGUUCGGCCGACCUGGAUCCAGUCUGUGCAAUGAGCUCGAAGGACAGUCACAUCGUUUUAUUCAAGAACCAAUGCUACAUGGACGCUGUCAACUGCCGUAAUUCUACUUUACAAGAAUACGAUGCAGUUUACAUGGAUUUCUGUGAUCGUCGCAAGUCUCAGUCUAAUAAACGUCAAAUUUAGAUAGAUUAGUAAAAAAAAAUAGAAUGUUUUCACCAUUUUCCACUUACAGCUGUGUCAACCGACUUUGAGCUUAAAUA